AUGAAAUAUCCAUACGAAUUCCAACAAUAAGAUGUACCUCUAUUGGAAUUGGCAUUGGCAAUUCUAAUGUUGGGUAGUUUUUUCAAUGAUCUGCUUUUGAUUUUGAUUUAUGAUGUCCAGAUUGAUUUGACUGAGAAAUCACAGAUGAUCUUUUCAACAGCAUUCAUAAUCCUAUUUAUGAUCAAAUGCCAGAAAAUGAGACUUACUAUAUAUCUAUUAAUACCUGCAUACAUCACUUUGAUAAUAUCAAAAUAUUGGUCUCAUCAAUCGUAUUUCAUGGUAUUUUUGGGCUUAUUGUUUUAAAUUGGGUAUGUUUCUUUAGUGAUGGUAAUGCCAUAAUAUAGAUAUCCUAAGCCAACUGGUAAGUAUUUGGUAGGAUUUAGAGAAGUAAAAUUACAGAAUGGAGAUUUGGUUUCUAUAUACUAUCCAACUCUGAAGAAAUCUAAAAUUAGAUCCAUUAAUUCUUGCAGGAAUAGAGAUUACAUCAAAUAAGUUUACAAUGACUUUUAGCAUGUGAUGCAUUGGAGACCUCCUAUUAUGUUCAUUUAUUGGAUGUUGGGAUUCCUGAAUAAAGUGAAGGUGGAAGAUAUAGAAGUUGACUCCCCAAUAAUAGAGGGUAAAUUGCCUACAAUUGUAUUUUCAAAUGGAUUGGGAGGUUUGAAAGAUCACUAUUCGGUAUUUUAUAAGGAAUGGGCAAGCAAUGGAUAUCAAGUAUAUUCGAUAUAGCAGUAGGAAGUCACAAUAAUUCUAAAUGAGAAGGAGAUUCAUCAAUAUAAAAUUGGAGAGGCUACGUUAGAGAAUCAAUUGGGAUAGCAGAUUUUAAGCAAAGUUAAAAUGAUUAGACAUCAAUAAUUAAAUGACCGAGUGACUAAAUUUCAGUCGUUGCUGGAUUAUGUAUAUAAAUAACAAAAUGUGGAUUUUAACAAAGUAAUUGGAGCAGGUCAUUCCUUUGGGGCUGCAACUGUUCAUCGCAGCGCAUAGAUAGAUAACAGAAUCAGUGCUGGGAUUAUACUAUUCGAUCCUUGGUUCUUGCCAUUCUCAGAAGACACUUUGAAUAUCAAAUUGUCAGUGCCUUUAUUGAGUGUCAAUAGUGAGACCUUUAGAUUGCGAAAGGAGAAUGAAACUCCACAAAGAUACAGUGUUGUUUUUAAUGCACAAUAAAAGAAAUUAGUGAUUAUGAUCAAAGGGUCAUAACAUCUAUGCACAACUGAUUUGGUGUACAAGAUGCCCUUUGAGUUAAAGAUGUUUACGAAAUUAAACAAUCUUAAUAAAAUUUUAUAAAUCACCAUUGCGCAUUUAAGAUUAUCUUAAUAUUUUAUGGACUCCUUGUCACCCCAGAAGACUCUAACAAGGUUUGAGGAGUUUAGUAAGGAAUCUUUCAGGCAACCAAUACAUGAGAUUGAAUAUAAAUGA